CCCUGCUCUGUUUCUUUGUGGUGACCCUGUUGUUACCUGUCAAUCAAACAAUUAACGGCAAGGUGUCCACAGUGAGCUCUGCGUAAAUGCUAACGUUUAUUUUAGAUAAAGUAUAAAGAUAUUUAUUUUGUUUUUUUCUUCACCUAAAGUAAUGGCAUGUGCACAAGUGAGGCCUUCACAGGCCCAGCUGUUGCCCAAUGAGGUUGUCUCCGAGCAGCAGUCCUUUGUUGUUGUAAAGAGGCUGCUGGCCAUCGCAGUGUCUGGCAUCACAUAUCUAAGGGGGAUUUUUCCAGAAAGAGCCUAUGGGAGUAAAUUUGUGGAAGAUCAGCAGGUGAUGAUCCUUAAAGGAGAGCGCAACUGUCCCGGUGCUUCUCAGAUACUUCAGUGGAUGCAAGGGUGCUUUGAUGCCAUCCAGAAGAAAUAUCUGCGGACAGUUGUUAUGUCUAUUUAUACAGACCCAGAAAACCCCCAGAAAGUGACUGAGUAUUACCAGUUUAGGAUCCAGUACACUGCAGGAGGGGCAGAAAUGGAUUUUGAAAGCAACAACACCCAAAAGUUAUCGAGAAUGUUGUGUGGAAACACUAAGAAAGCCAGCAUCCUGCUGGUGAGGAAGCUUUACACUCUGACGCAAAACCUGGGUCCUUUGCCAGAAAAUGUUUGCCUCAACAUGAAGCUGGCUUAUUAUGAUGAUGUCACUCCUCCGGACUACCAGCCACCAGGCUUCAGGGAGGCAGAUGGCGACAUCAUGGAGUUUGAGCAAGAGCCGAUCAAACUGACCAUGGGUGAAGUGGCCACCCCCUUUCACUGCGUGAAAUUCAACAUGGCCACAGAGAGGCAAAGAUUAGAGGAGGUAGAGAAGAGUGUCCCUGUGAAGGAAAAGUGGAUUCUUAAGAUAGAGGAAGACCACAUCGUAACUCAGAGCCAUGAACCCAAAGAGGUGGAGGAGCCUCACAAGGAAAACACAGACCUGGAUGAAACUGACAUCAACUUGAGACAUGAGAAGAUUGAGACUUGUGAGGAAGUAAAAAAGAUGGACACUCUGGUGGAGAAGACCCCUGACAUGGCGGUGGGUCUGAAGAGGACCAGGAGUGGACGAAUAAUCACAUCCACAGUGGAAACAAGCGUGACUGUGAGCAGCAAGCAGCCGACAGCAAUAAAGGUAAAGAUGGUUUCUCAGUAUGACGUUCACAGCAGCCAGGAAUCAUCAGCUGCCUCCACAGCUAAGAAGAAGCGCAAAUUCAGCGAGCCUAAAAAGCUCUACUGACCUCACCGCUAACGUAGCACUGCCGCUGUCGAUUCACAGUUUUGUCAUUUUUAAAAACAUGUUUUGCAGUUUGUUUUUUAAAGGAAUUUCCACUCGGUUUUGAACAUGUUUUAGAAAUAUCUGGAGGUUUGAUUGCAAUACUCAUUUUGAAGUAGUUCUGUUUGAUUUUGAUAUAUAGAUCUGAAAUAUGUUGCAAUAGUUUAAUUAAUCUUUGAUGCAGGAAUACUCAUUAACCAAACAGUGUAACAGUUAUUUGUUUUUUAAUGUUAUGUUAUGUGUGUUGUGUUACAAAUAAAAAAUACAAGAAU